AUGGUGUAUGAAGCCAUUGACCCCAUCGACUCCUUCAUCCCGCCCACCAUGUCCCCCUCCGACCUGAGCCAGGGCCCGUCUGGCUGGCCCCUCACCCCUCCAGGACCCUCAGAUCUCCCACUUGCGCCCGCCAAAGACGUCUCCUCGGUCUUCACGGCACUCCAUGUCAUGUCGACCGAGCGCGCGGCCCUCGCGCACCUCGAACACUUCUAUCAGACCGACGUGCGGUCGCAGCAGGACCUCGCGCGGGCGGUGGACCUGAUUGCGCGCAGUGUGUGCGAGGGCGGCAAGCUGGUGAUCUGCGGCGUGGGCAAGAGUGGGAAGAUUGGGCGCAAGAUCGAGGCGACGAUGAAUAGUUUGGGGAUCUACAGUGCUUUCUUGCAUCCCACCGAGGCGUUGCAUGGGGAUUUGGGAUUGGUCCGGCCGAAUGACACAAUGCUCCUCAUCUCCUUCUCUGGUCGCUCGCCGGAGUUGCUAUCUCUGCUCCCGCAUAUUCCGGCCACGGUUCCGGUGAUCGCUCUCACCUCGCAUACUCAGCCCGAAACAUGCCCUCUACUCACUUUGCAUGGCCCCUCUGGCAUGGGGGUCCUUUUAGCAGCGCCUAUUCACGAAGAGGAAGAGACUUCUCUCGGUGUCAGUGCCCCGACAUCGUCUACAACAGUAGCCUUGUGUCUAGGAGACGCAUUGGCUAUCGCAGCCGCACGGAAGUUGCAUACUGCUCCAGGGAAAAGUCCCGCAGACGUCUUCCGAAGUUACCACCCUGGAGGCGCUAUUGGAGCCGCUGCGGCUGGAGGCACACCAUUGACUACACCGUCAAGCGGGUUGUCAGUGACCACAUUCGAUUCUCCUUCAUCCUCCAUUUCCUUGCCCUGGGAAGAGGGCUCGACCAGCUCGUCAAUUCCACCCUUCACUCUUCAACAACCACCCGAACACCGUCAGAUACUCUUAGACAUGCUCGUCCCUCUCCACCAAAUCCCCACAGCUUCGGCAUCCUCCUCACAGACUCCUAGUGACCUCCGAUUACUGGACAUCCUCCUCACGGCUAUCCAGCACCCAAAUGCGAAAUCAUGGGUCUUCCUGUCCCCAUCUGUGAUUAUUCCACCGCGACGAAUCCGGUCUCUCCUUUCACGGCACACAGAUGUCGAUCUGCGGCUAUCUGAUGUCGUGGCUUCAAAUUCCGGCCAUACCCUGGCGGUUCCCCGGGCCGAUUGGUUCCUGGUGCCUGAGUCAACACCACUCGCCGAGCUGCGUCGUCUCGUCUCCACAUCCCGAGGAGUGCCAGAUACGAUAUCAGUCAUUGCGGUUGUGAAAGACAUCGCUCACCCCGCCAGCUGCAUUGGAGUCAUGGAGCCAGAAGACCUGUGGGGUGAGUAA